UCCAACUGACAGUUGUUGCAGGGGGAAAACAAAAAUUAUUUACCGGGAAAAAUGUCCGUUCCCAACGUGCCAAUUUGCCGAAUUUGCCUUUCGAACGAUGAGCUGCAGGUGUCCCUGUUUAGUGAGUACGCACAACGGAGGCUUUUGCUAACCAAGAUUCGCGUCUGUUUGCCAAUAACAAUUACGCACUCAGACACGCUGCCCGUGACCAUCUGCAGCCAGUGUAUUAUUCGGCUAGAACAGUUCUACGAAUACUACUGCAAAUCGGAAACGUCGCAGCGUAUUUUAACGAAUGGAACCGGCAAUUUGGGUGAGCUGCAGCCUGCCCGCAAGACAGGACAUUCGGAAGGCGGCUAUCACCACAAUCCUACACUGCCCAGUGCACCCGAAACACGCGCAAUGUCCGCUAGUGUCGGGUCCGAGUCAGUCGAGGAGCAUGGUUCAAUAACGAUCGGUAACCAGCUGGAUCCCAUCCUUACGCAAUCUCCGCCGAUUCCACGACCGGCCGUAACGAAUGAGAUGCAAACCCGCGCGUUGGCUUCGCCGGCCCCAACGUUGAGCUUUUUAAUUCACGGAUCGAAGGACAGAGGCAAGCGAAAGCUCUCGGAACGCAAGAUGAAGAAAGCUUUGACGCAAAGCGAGUACACUAAGUUUUAGCGUACCAGGUAAAAGGGGUUGUAUAAGUUAUGUAAAACAUUUUUCGAAACUAUUAAGAUAAAUAUCGGCCAUCGAUUGUUCGAAAGGAUUGCGAAAACCGUUAUUUUUAAGACGGAAUACAUAAUUUUACGCGCCAUCCCAUUCAAAGGAAGAGGUCCGUUUAUAUUUGUCCAUUCUUACUUAAAUUUUUAUUCUUUACGGGAUUGUCCUUUUAAAUUAGUCUUAAAACCUGUCAGCAGUCAGCAAGUAGUUAUUAUUUGUUGGCCAAACGAUUACAUCCGACUUUGUCGGUCGGUUUAAUUCAUAUUCGCAUUCAUCGGCUAGAAGUCAGCGCGUGAUCAUGAUCAAGUUUUCUGGAAUGUUAUGAUGCGUAGCGGAAGUGGGUUUUACCAAAAAGUGUCCUAUGUAACGGGCUUACUGGAGUACUUAUCAGGAACAACACCCGUUCAGCAAACUCUUUACGGUCGAGUUCCAUUUAUUGGUCUGCCAAGUCUCCGGCAAGUCUUAUCCGUUGUGCAAUUUUUUUUCGGUUACUGCGAAACUCAUUACUGUAGGAGCCUUUCGCGCUCUCUCUCUCUCUCUCUCUCUCGGUCGCAGCUUCGUGCCGGAGUUUGAUAGGACUUGUUGGUACUUCUGAUCAACAUAUUCAGCUACAGCAUAAGUUUUUGACCGAUUUUAAGCAGCUGUGUGACUAAGAACGGCAAGGCUUAUCGAAGGAAUCCUUUUUUUUGCGGUCGCUGCCGAGUCUGCAUAACUGUCCCCCGGCUAGGAAUCCCACUCGUAGAACUACUCCCACCCAAACACCCGAACCAGAUGCAUGUUGUUUCAUGUCACAACCACCCUCUCGCAAGACGGCCUCUCCAAAAAAAAAAAAAAAUUGCCUUGUAUGUAGUAAUUAGCGAAUCUCAUCGAUGUGCGUGUGAUCGUCGCCGCAAUCGUCACAAGAAAAUCCCCGACUCCAUCCGCGAGUGCGCGAGUUCGCCAUCGGGACAAUCCCAGAACUUUACAGCACGACGCUUCAGUCGAUCUUAAACUUUGCUUCCGUGCGGUCGAGUGCAAACAAAACGGAGCAAAAUGGUUUCGUUUUAUCUGUUCCCACUGAUCGUUACAGUGAUCGUGAUUGCAGGAAGCUUCGGGGCGGAUGCGGUACAACUCGGAUGCAACCAUCCGGACGAUCGAUGCCUCCCGAUACGACACUGUCCGCAGGUGUACAAGCGCAUUCAAAUGGGGGAACUGUCGCGCAACACCACCUUCAAGAAGGAGGUGCUGCGCAAGAUCUGCCAACCCGCAGUACAGCGGGACAAGAAGACGCACAUUUGCUGCCCGAAGCGUCAGAUCGAAUGCCGUCUGAAUGGGAAACCGGGUGCGUGUUUACUGCUCGACCAAUGUCCAACAUUACAGUCGACCACCGAACAACAUCUCAUGCUUGCCGUCGCAGACAACCUCUGCUACGUGCACGAGAACAAGAAUUACUUCUGCUGCACGGAUCCGCUCUGUGCUGAGCACAAAAAUCUGUGUGACCAGCAGGCACCGGAAGUGCCGCCAUCCGCCUUUCCGAGCUGUACAGACAGUAACGGUGUCGCCGGUUCACUAGUGGCGGCAAGAGUUUGCAGCGGACAGGCACAAACUCCCGCAAAAAAGACUACGGCCGGCACACGAGUGUGCUGUCUGCCACCGGAAGCUGGACGCAUAAUCUCGCACCCGAAUGCGGCGAAACUGGCAAGCUUACCGUGCGGUAUGAACGUGUACAACGACAGAAUCCAAAACGGUGAACUCGCGGAGCCCGGGGAAUUCCCGUGGAUGGUAAAUCUGGUGUACACGACGAAAUCGUUCUGCAGCGGUACGCUGAUUCAUCCUUUGUACGUACUCACCGCCCGCCACUGCAUCCAUGCGGGAUUGCAGAGCGUUCGGUUGGGGAUGCACGAUCUGCUGGAAAAGCCCGCCUCAUGCUACAAAGCAGCGAAUGGUAGCGACAUUUGCCCCGGCCAGAACAUACAGGAGAUUGGUAUCGAGAGUAAAAUUCGCAGCUUUACACACGACGUUGGACUGCUGAGAUUGUAUCAACCGGCAGAGCUGGUGCGAAAAGUUGUCUGGCCGAUCUGUCUCCCGGUUUACCUGACCCUUCAGAUGUACAUGCCCCCGACGGUCACCAUCAGUGGGUGGGGAAUGACGGAGCUGAACGUACGGUCGACCGUGCUGCUGCAAGCGCAAACGCCGGUGCUGAUGAACCAGAAAGGAUGCAGCAAGGACUACAUGAUCUGUGCGGGCGGCGUGGGUCACAAGAACCACUGUGCUGGCGAUUCUGGCGGACCGCACCAAGCGCUCGGGUUGUACGGUGGAGAAAUUCGGUACGUUCAGUAUGGCAUCAUUUCAGACGGACCGAAAUACUGUGACAAACCGGAACGACCCAGCCGGGGUGUACUGGUGAGCUACGUCAUGGAAUGGCUGCUGGACAAAAUGGAUAUCUAAACCAUCUUAAAUCGCAAGACUAUUCGCUUCCCAGAAAACCGGUGGCCAGUUUUUGUAGCCAUUGGGUAAAAAUGCUUAUAGUUUUAGGAACAUAUUGCCAUAAACUUAAGACACGCUGCGUGAAUGUGGAGUGAAGUAUUGAACACCUAAUCGUGGGAAUAAUAAACUGUUUGCUGUUCGAUGCUAUUUAG